AUGGAGGUGCUGCAGUGCGAUGGCUGCGAUUUUCGAGCUCCAUCUUAUGAAGACCUGAAAGCUCACAUUCAGGAUGUUCACACUGCUUUUCUGCAGCCAACUGAUGUCUCUGAGGAAAGUCCUAGCCAGCCGAGGUCUGGUUCCAUGAAUGCCAGCAACCAGACUGAGGUUGAAUUUUCUUCUGUAAAGGAUGAAUUUGCAAUUGCAGAUGAAAUAGCAGGGCAAAAUGCUACAAGUCAGAUGGGGACUGGAAGUUACUAUAGCCAGAGCCAGACUUUCUAUGGUCAGCACAUGGCUCCAAACCCUAAACCAACCAACAAGUUUUUCCAGUGCAAGUUUUGUGUGCGGUACUUCCGUUCCAAAAAUCUCCUCAUAGAGCACACACGCAAGGUUCAUGGAGCACAGGCAGGGGGGAGCUCAGUGGGACCAUCAACUACUAGUUCCCUAAAUUACAACAUCAUGAUGUAUGAAGGGUUUGGCAAAGUUUUCAGUUGCCAGUUCUGCACCUACAAGUCACCCAGGCGUGCAAGGAUUAUUAAGCACCAGAAAAUGUAUCACAAAAGCAACCUGAAAGAGAGUUCAACUCCUCCUACUCCUACUGCUGCUGCUGCUAUGUCUGAAUCAACAUCUGCUUCUGUGCCAGUGCAGGAACCCUGCAAGGAGCUGCCUGCAGAGGUGGUGGAGCGGAGCAUUUUGGAAUCCAUGGUCAAGCCUCUGACAAAGUCUAGGGGCAACUUUUGCUGUGAGUGGUGCAGCUACCAGACGCCUCGAAGGGAGCGCUGGUGUGACCACAUGAUGAAGAAGCACCGCAGCAUGGUAAAAAUACUGUCAAGCCUAAGGCAGCAACAAGAUGGAACCGGUGCACCUGAGGUACAGAGUAAGAGUGCUCAGAAUGCCUCUCCAAACUCUAAUUAUAUCUCCAUGAAUGCAACAGGACGUGAGAUAUCGAAUGCUAAUGUUUCAAACUUUAGGAGCUCUAUGGGCAGUUCCCUUAUCAGGCCCAACUCUUCUACAUCUUCCAAGUUUUCUUCUGUGUCUUACCCUCCAAUAAAGCCUAAGUCACCUCACAACUCGGGCAUGGUUAAUUUGUCUGACAGGUCCCGCUAUGGAAUUGCUGAUAUGACGAAUUCUUCUGCUGACCUGGAAACAAGCAGUAUGCUAAAUGACUCCAGCUCGGAUGAAGAGCUAAAUGAAAUGGACAGCGAGAAUGGCUUGAACUCCAUGGAUCACCAGACCUCAGGAAUGUCUGCAGAGCAGCUGAUGGGAUCUGAUGGCAACAAACUAUUGGAAACAAAGGGAAUUCCCUUUAGAAGAUAUAUGAACAGGUUCCAGUGUCCUUUUUGCCCUUUUCUGACAAUGCACCGUCGAAGCAUUUCCCGUCACAUUGAGAACAUCCACCUGUCUGGGAAGACAGCUGUGUACAAGUGUGAUGAAUGCCCUUUCACCUGCAAGAGUUCGCUGAAGCUUGGUGCCCACAAGCAGUGUCACACAGGAACAACAUCAGACUGGGACGCUAUGAACUCUCAGACUGAAAGCAUCGCCUCCUCUUUGAACGACAGCACAGUAUCUUAUGAGAGUGGAAAUAUAAAUGGCAGGAAGUCAGCUGGGAUGAUGGAACCGGUGCAGGCGCAGCAGCAACAGCAGUCACCCCAGCCCCAUUCACAGCAUCCAUACAAAUGCACAAUGUGCAACUAUUCCACCACAACUUUGAAAGGUCUCAGAGUCCAUCAGCAGCACAAGCAUUCAUUCUGUGACAACUUGCCCAAAUAUGAUGGACCACCGUCAAACACACCGCAAGAGAAUGAGGCAGAUGCUCACCCCUCAGCCAGCACAGUGAAGAAGAGCCAGACCUCCAUCCUUGGGCUCUCAUCUAAAAACAACUUUGUUGCUAAAGGCCCUAGGAAGGUGUCAAAUGACUUCCCUUUAGAUCUCUCGCCAGUGAAGAAGAGAACCAGAAUUGAUGAAAUAGCAAGCAACUUGCAGAGCAAAAUCAGCCAAAACAAGCAGCAAGAAGAUGCUGUGAUUAAUGUAGAGGAUGAUGAAGAAGAGGAGGAGGACAAUGAGGUGGAGAUAGAAGUGGAAUUAGACAGAGAAGAAGAGCAAACAGAACCGAUGAUAGAGGUUUCCAGUUCUUACGCACCCCAGCAAAUGUGGGGCAGAGAGGCUAACGAUUCCCAGAAGGAGACAAACUUCAGAAGCAUGCAGCAUGACUACAAUUCUACCAAUGGAGCGGAGAUUGAGCUCACUUUAUCUGAAGAUGAAGAAGACUAUUACUCGUCUGUCAGCAUGAAGGACCAUCAGAGCCCGAAUGCCUCUGUUCUUGGGAGCCAGUCAAACAUGUAUGGUACUGAUCAGAACAACGAGAAUUCAGAGUUUAAUGACUCUGGCAGACUUUACUAUUGUAAACACUGUGACUUCAGCAACAAAUCUGCCAGAAGUGUAAGCACCCACUACCAGCGAAUGCAUCCCUAUAUUAAAUUCAGCUUUAGGUAUAUUCUGGAUCCCAAUGAUCACAGCGCAGUAUACCGGUGUCUUGAGUGCUACAUUGACUACACAAAUUUUGAAGACUUACAGCAGCAUUAUGGAGAGCAUCAUCCUGAAGCCAUGAAUGUACUGAACUUUGAUCAUUCUGAUCUGAUCUACCGCUGCCGCUUCUGCUCUUACACAAGCCCGAAUGUUAGAAGCCUGAUGCCCCAUUACCAAAGAAUGCAUCCCACAGUGAAAAUUAACAAUGCAAUGAUAUUUUCAAGCUAUGUUGUUGAGCAGCAAGAAGGGCUGAACACAGAGUCUCAGACACUGAGAGAGAUCUUGAAUUCUGCUCCAAAAACUAUGGCAACCUCCACCCCCGUGGCUCGUGGAGCUGGUGUGCCAGCUGGUUUCAACAAAAGUGCCGCCAAGAGUUUUAGUCCUGAAUGUGAAAAUCAGAAAGAACCUUCAGUCAAUAGUGUGGUUGUUUAUGACUGUGAUGUGUGUUCAUUUGCAAGCCCUAACAUGCAUUCUGUGUUGGUGCAUUACCAGAAAAAACACCCUGAAGAAAAAGCAUCAUAUUUCAGAAUUCAGAAGACCAUGCGUGUAGUCUCUGUUGAUAGGGGCUCUGCCCUGGCUCAGAUGUCUUUUGAGUUGGGGACACCUGUCUCCCCAAAAUUAUCCAACUUGGCUUCUCAGCCUGCCCCCCCACCCCCUCCGGACCUCGCUACAGAACUCUACUAUUGCAAACAUUGUUCAUACAGCAACCGCUCAGUUGUGGGAGUGCUUGUCCACUACCAGAAAAGACACCCAGAGAUAAAAGUCACUGCCAAAUACAUCAGACAGGCACCCCCUACUGCAGCGAUGAUGAGGGCUGGUGAGCUGCCACCUGGUAUUCAGAGGCCACCGGUGUCAAUGCAGCAGUUGAGCCGAGGUGGAUCUGAGACCUCUGUGAAUCCUCCAGAGAAUGAGAUGUUCUUCUGCCAACACUGUGAUUAUGGAAAUCGGACCGUGAAAGGCGUGCUCAUUCAUUAUCAAAAGAAGCAUCGUGACUUCAAAGCUAAUGCAGAUGUGAUCAGGCAGCAUACAGCCACCAUUAGAAGCCUUUGUGAUCGCAGCCAGAAGAAGUCGGCUGGCAGUGUGCCUGCUCACACCUCCAGCACUGAACGGGACAAGUCAAAGCUGAGAGCCCUCAAAUGCAGGCAGUGUAGCUACACAUCACCCUACUUCUAUGCAUUGAGGAAGCAUAUUAAGAAAGACCAUCCGAAUCUGAAGGCCACGGUCACCUCCAUUCUGAGAUGGGCAUUUUUGGAUGGCUUGAUAGAAGCUGGUUAUCACUGUGAAUGGUGCAUUUAUUCACACACAGAACCAAGUGGUUUGCUUGUACAUUACCAAAGGAGACAUCCUGAGCAUUAUGUUGACUAUACAUAUAUGGCAACUAAACUCUGGGCGGGUCCUGAUCCUUCCCCUCCUGCCCUAGUGAUGUCAACAGAGAUGAAGACCUAUAAAUGCAGAGACUGCAUUUUUGAAGCAUCUUCCAUUUGGGAUAUUACUAAUCACUACCAAGCAUUUCACCCAUGGGCCAUGAAUGGAGAUGAAUCUGUGUUGCUAGACAUCAUCAAGGAGAAAGAUGCUGCGGAGAAAUCCAUCCCACAGCCUGAUGAAGCUGGAGCCAGGAUGGAUUCUGAAGACCAGAUCACAACGUCACAGAUGGAUCAGGAUGCAGAAUGUGCAGAAGAUCCUAGCCUUUCCCAGGAAAAAACUGUUCAGCUGGCUUCUGCAAACCCUGCCAUCUCCUCCACUCCAUAUCAAUGUACAGUUUGCCAGUCUGAGUACAAUAACCUGCAUGGCCUUCUGACACAUUACGGCAAAAAGCACCCUGGCAUGAAAGUGAAAGCUGCGGACUUUGCUCAGGAUAUAGACAUUAACCCAGGGGCUGUGUAUAAAUGUAGACAUUGCCCAUACAUCAAUACACGUAUUCAUGGUGUUCUCACACACUACCAGAAACGGCACCCAUCAGUAAAGGUCACUGCUGAAGACUUUGUGCAUGAUGUGGAGCAAUCAACUGAUAUUGCUCAGAACGAUGUGGAAGAGACAAGCAGGAUUUUCAAGCAAGGCUAUGGUGCUUAUCGGUGCAAGCUCUGCCCAUACACCCAUGGAACACUUGAGAAGCUGAAAAUUCACUAUGAGAAGUACCACAAUCAACCUGAAUUUGAUGUUUUUGCCCAGUCACCACCAAAGGUGUCUGCCUCAGUGGAGCCAGACUUGAUGACUGAAAUCAAGGCCUCCCCAGAAAUUGCUGCUGAGGAUGUUGGAGAAGUCUCUGUGCCAGCACCUCAUUUCUCCAGUUCUCAUUUAGUGUCUCACACAGUUUUCCGGUGUCAGCUCUGCAAAUACUUCUGCUCGACCCGGAAGGGGAUAGCGAGACACUACCGCAUCAAACAUAACAAUGUUCGGGCACAGCCAGAGGGCAAGAACAACCUGUUCAAAUGUGCCUUGUGUUCAUAUACCAACCCUAUCCGCAAAGGGCUCGCGGCACACUACCAGAAAAGACAUGACAUUGAUGCUUACUACACUCACUGCUUAGCAGCCUCCAGGACGGUAAGCGACAAACCCAAUAAAGUGAUCAUUCCAUCUCCUCCCAAGGAUGACACUCCUCAGUUAAGUGAGGAGCUGAGGAGGGCUGUAGAGAAGAAGAAGUGCUCACUUUGUUCCUUCCAGUCCUUCAGCAAAAAGGGUAUUGUGUCUCACUACAUGAAGCGUCACCCUGGUGUUUUCCCUAAGAAGCAGCAUGCGAGCAAGCUGGGGGGCUACUUCACUGCUGUGUACGCUGAUGAGCAUGAAAAGCCAGUUCCAGCUGAGGAGAGGAAUGACUUUGAAAAGCCAGAGGUGGAGACUGAAGCUCAGGAAAUUGAGUGGCUUCCCUUCAGGUGCGUAAAGUGUUUCAAGCUGUCCUUCAGCACAGCAGAGCUGCUGUGCAUGCAUUACACUGACCACCACAGCAAGGAUUUGAAGAGGGACUUUGCCAUACUGGGAAGUGGCACCCGCUCUCAAAGCCCUGUCUACCAGUGCAAGCACUGUGAUACGAAAUUGCAUAGCACAGCAGAGCUGACCGCACACUUGAAUGGUCACAACGAGGAAUUCCAGAAGCGUGCCAAACGUCAGGAGAGGAGGAAGCAGCUUUUGAGCAAGCAGAAAUAUGCAGAUGGUGCUUUUGCAGAUUUCAAACAAGAGAGGGCUUUUGGGCACUUGGAAGAUGUUACAAAACUUAAGGAGAGGAAGGUGGUUGGCUACAAAUGCAAAUUUUGUGUAGAAGUCCAUCCAACGCUUCGAGCCAUCUGUAAUCACCUCCGCAAGCAUGUCCAGUAUGGGAAUGUCUCAUCUGUUUCAGCUACAGUAAAGGGUCUGCGAUCUCACGAGAGGAGUCACUUGGCUCUCGCCAUGUUUGCCCGGGAAGACAAGUACAGCUGCCAGUAUUGCUCCUUUGUCUCUGCUUUCAGACACAAUUUGGAUCGUCAUAUGCAGACCCAUCAUGGACACCAUAAGCCGUUUCGCUGCAAACUGUGCCCGUUCAAGUCCUCUUACAAUAGCCGCCUGAAAACCCAUAUACUCAAGGCUCAUGCUGGUGAACAUGCCUACAAAUGUUCCUCCUGCACAUUUUCCACCAUGACAAUCAGCCAGCUGAAAGAGCACUCCUUGAAAGUGCAUGGGAAAGCACUGACACUACCAAGACCCCGCAUUGUCAGCCUUGCAGCCUCACACGCCCACCACACCUCCAAGAACCACACUCCUGCAGACUCUAAUGACUCUUCAUACUCUGAGCCUCCUGAUGUUCAGCAGCAGUUGAACCACUACCAGUCUGCAGCUUUGGCCAGAAACAACAGCAACAUCAGCCCAAUCCCACUUUCUGGGAGUGCUGCAGGCAUGGAAAAAACAGAAGCCAUCCUUAACUGUGAAUUUUGUGAAUUCUCUUCGGGUUACAUACAGAGCAUUCGGCGUCACUACCGUGACAAGCAUGGAGGGAAAAAACUCUUCAAGUGCAAAGAUUGUUCCUUUUAUACAGGCUUUAAGUAA